AUGGAUGAUCGAUUCGCUCGAAUACUUUGGCGACGUUUAAGGUUGAGUAAUGGAAUAACAAAAUUAGUUUCCAAUACAAAGCCGUUGGGUUUCAAUGUGCAAGGACAUUGGGAGUUGAGUGGUGUGAAUAGGGCUAUGCGAUUCAACAAGUACCGUCAAGAUGAACAUUUUGCACCCCAUAAAGAUGCACAGUAUGCCCCUAAUGGAGAUGAACGAUCAUUGUUCAGUUUAGUGAUAUAUUUGAAUGAUAAUUAUAAACAAGGUGAAACGAAAUUUUAUUUUCCAAAAGUGACACCAAAAUUCGAUACAAAAGGGUUAACGAUUGCAGAAGAAAUUGAAGCUUAUGGUGGAUUGGAAGGAGGUUACGAAUGUGCAACAAUUAAACCAAAGAAAGGGUACGCUGUUCUUUUUACGCAUAAUCUCUUACAUGGGGCCACAGCGCCACAGAUGGAGAUAAAUUCCGAUUUGAUGGAGCGCAUCAUCUUGCGAACUGACAUACUCGUACAACGAAAGGGAAAACCACUUGGAUUUGCCGUUUGUCCAGAAGAACAAGAUGAUUACCUUGCUUGCUUGAAUUUUUUUCGUGAAGCUCAACAAAACGAAUUGAAAGUGUAUGCAGAUCCACGACAGUCCGUCAAAAUCAGUGAAAUCGGUGAAUUAUACGAACGUUCAUUAUCGAUUCGAUAUAAUUAUCCACAAUUACUUGAACUCAAAUCAAAACCAACAGUUACUCAUCAAGAUGAAGAAAACCAAUUGAUUGAUAAGCUCCCUAUUGAAGUUUGGCUUUCCAUUUUUAAACAUUUACAUGAACAAGAUGUGCAACAUCUAAUAUUUGCUUUUCCAAAAUUUCAACUAUUGAAAAUGAUUUGGGAAGCACAAGAGACAAAACGUUUUGAAACAGAUUCAUGCCGUUGCAAAUUUAUUCCAACUGUCCAUUCUCAAUAUGGUAGUCGAACACUAUUUCGCUUUCCUGACUCGGACUUUUUCUAUCAACAUAUAGAUGGAUGUUGCCGUGUAGCAGCCGUAUAUGCUUUCUUCUUAUUGGGACAUGGAUCAGAUUCAAGAACCUACACAGUUCGAUACGACAGAAAUACACACGAAAUAUGUGAAGUGAAAAUGGAAAAAUUGUUAGCAGAUGCAUUUUAUAAUAGAAACUGCUAUGGCUCUAUAUAUCGCGUGGUACAAAAAGAUGAGGUAAAACGCCAGCCAAUAGUAGAUUUAGAUCAUAGUGUUGAUCGUAUAUAUAUGACAAAUCGUCAUCAAUCUCAGUUUAUUGGACAAGAUAUUUUAUCACGUUUUCAUUUUAAAAUAAGACAGUAUCAUUCGUCCAAUUCUGAAACAAGUGACGAAGACGAAGACGCCAUUUUUGAUAAACUUAGUAUCCUAGGCUAUCAGAGAACUCAUGCUUUAUACGAUAGAGACAAAAAACUUGUUGAUAAAUAUUUGAACGUCAAUGAUGGUAGACGUCUUUAUCCGCAUUGGAUGAAAUGUGCCAGAGAUGAUGUACUGGGAUAUUAUGAAUAUUUGGUCAAACAGACGAAACAAAAUUCGAAUACGAGUCUGUUUCGAAUGUUAUUAGCGAAAGAUCGUGUCAUUGACGGAUUUUGUGAUUGUCCAAUGAAUUCUCAUCCAAAUCUAAACGAAGUUGAAGGUUUAAUUCAAUUUUAUAACCAUCUCGUAUUCGAUUUUGAUACGCAUCACUUGACUGUUGAACGUCUGUCAGAUGAAAAACCAGUCUGUUCCGAUUAUAAUUCUCUUUUAUACCAAUGUGUUCGAACAUUGCAACGUUCAGUUCCACAAGAAAAUCCCAUUUCAUUCUAUCGAGUGAAUAUUGAAAAAUUGGCAGAGGCAGCAAAAGGAUUCAAUCAUGCGUCCUGUCAGUGUGGGUUUCCAUCCGUUAAAAUUGAUCAAUUUUCGUUUCUCGAUUAUACAUAUUUAUCACAUGUACAUUUGGCCGUUGGCAAAAACACGGAUGAGGUAUUUGUUUUGGCUACUUAUGAUGGUGUUGCUGCAUUUUAG